AUGGAGGAGAAAACGGAGGAGCUCUCCCCGCCGGCCAACAAACGGCAGCCAAUUUUAUGUGAGGAGUGCAAAUUAUACCCUUCAAAGUACAAGUGCCCCGGCUGCUCCAUCCGCUCCUGCAGCCUCCCCUGCGUCAAUUCCCAUAAGAAACGCACCGCCUGUACCGGAAAAAGGCCCGUCACAAGCUUCGUUCCGAUAUCGCAGUUCGAUGACAAUCUCUUAGUUUCAGAUUAUAACAUGCUUGAGGACGUGAAAAGAAUUGCCGAGUCAGCUCAGAGGAUGAGAAUGAAGUUGUGUGGAAACUCACAUUUUAAGCUUCCUUUACCCCUCAAAAAUCUUAAAUAUGCUGCCACGAGCCGGAGAACGAAACUGCUAUUUCUUUCUAGUGGAAUGUCCAAGAGGCAGAAGAAUAAGACUUACUACAACUACAGGAAGAAGUUCAUCUUGUGGACCGUCGAGUGGCGGUUUCAUUCAACUGAUGUCGUGUUGCUCGAUCAUGGAAUACAUGAAAACACAACUCUAUCCUCUGUGAUUGAAAAUCAUCUGAAACCCGGUCCAUGGAACCACCCAUUGAAACAGUUUUGCGAUGAGGCCUUGGACUCUCUCAAGUUUUUCAUCCGAAAAUAUCCAAAGAAGAAGAACUGGAGGAAGGGGAAAUCCCCUGAGGGGUUUUAUUUGUGUUCGACUGGUUUUGUACUUGCUCUUCAGCUCCAUAUAAAGGGUUCUUGUAUAAGGAACUAG